UGCACGACGAGCAUCUGCCAUCUGCCGCCGCGCGCGGUGUUGUUUCCUGGACGACUGCUCGCUCGCCUCAUAACCGGCGUGGCCAGGCGCAGUCUCCUCCCACGUCGAGCCUCGUCCGCUGGACCGAACAUGCAGUCGCCCGACACGGACGUCUUCUCCACGCCGCCGUCGACGCCCGGCGUGCAGGACCUGCAGCCGUCGCUGCGGCGGCGCACGAGCCGGCCCAGCAACCUGCGGAUCGAGCACUCUGCGCCCGACUGGGCCCCCAACAUCGUGCUCGACCAGCAGGCGUCGCCGGAGCUGAAGCGGGGACGGCGGGGCUCCCACUCGCCUGCCGUGCCCUCGUCCUCCCUGGGAACCGGCCCAGCGCCGUCGCUGACACAGCCGCACGCUGCCGCACCCACCGCGAGUCCCUCCCUCGAGCCUUCCGGGCGCCCGCAUCACCCCCAUGCCUCCCAUCAUCUCUCCUCCCCCAGUACCGCCACCUCCCCCUACUUCGUCCACUCCCAGCUCCAGAACGUCUCCAUCCAGGACUUCCUCCAGGCCAAGAAGUACAAGGCCAUUCAUGACGCGCGCAUGGACCACGCUCGCAACCACCCCUCCUCCAGCGCCGACUCUGACCCGUACUCCUCGCGCUCCUCCGAGUUUAGCUUCGAGGACGACUACGAUGCCGGCAGCCUCACCCGCCAGCUCGCAGAGACCGCCGUCGGCGUCCGCGAGAUGAGCAAGCAACUCGGCCGCACCCGCGUGCACUCACACAUCCACACUGUCCUCAUCGUCACCAAAGCGCGCGACAACCGCCUCAUCGAGCUCACACGCGAGCUCGCGCUCUACCUCAUGCGCAAGCCGACCCACUCCGGCCGCGGCAUCGCCGUCUACGUCGAUGCACAGCUCAAGACCUCCCGCCGAUUCGACACCGCGGGGAUCCAGCGCGACCACCCCGAGUUCUUCGUGCCCUUCCCGCGCCGCCGCGAAUCAAACUCGAGCAACGCCUCGGGCGCGUCGAACACGUCGCGCGAGGAGAUCGGGAAUGGCCAGGCGCACCCGGUGAGCGAGGGCCAGCUUCGGUACUGGACAGCAGAGAUGUGCAGCCGGAGCCCGCAUCUCUUCGACUUUGUCGUCACGCUCGGCGGCGACGGCACCGUGCUCUUCACGUCGUGGCUCUUCCAGCGGAUCGUCCCGCCCGUGCUCCCCUUCGCGCUCGGCUCGCUUGGCUUCCUCACCAACUUCGACUUCGCGGACUACGCCGCGGUCAUGGACGGCGUCCUCGACAACGGCAUCCGCGUCAACCUCCGCAUGCGCUUCACGUGCACCGUCUACCGCGCGGUCAAGCCCGAGGACGAGCGCACCCGCCGCCGCGCGGUCAAGAAGGGCGACACCGGCGAGAUACUCAUGAAGAACCUCGAGAAGGGCGGCUGGGAGGCGCUCGAGAGCGGGUGUCCGUCGGUUCACGAUACCGGGGCGACGGGCAAGAAGGAUAAGGAGAUUAUGUGCUUUACGACUAGGCCGGUGGAGAGCUUUGAGGUGCUCAAUGAUCUGGUCGUCGAUCGUGGGCCGAGCCCGUAUGUCAGUUUGUUGGAGUUGUUUGGCGACGAGCACCACUUGACAACUGUACAAGCGGAUGGGUUGACAAUAUCGACCCCCACUGGGUCAACAGCGUAUUCAUUAUCCGCCGGCGGAUCACUCGUACACCCCGAAAUCCCCUCCAUCCUCAUCACGCCAAUUUGCCCACAUACACUGUCCUUCCGGCCCAUGCUCCUCCCGGAUAGCAUGGAGCUCCGGAUAUGCGUGCCGUUCAAUUCGCGCAGCACAGCCUGGGCAUCGUUCGACGGCAGAGGUCGCGUCGAAUUGAAGCAGGGCGACCACAUCAAGGUCACGGCGUCCAAGUACCCAUUCCCGACGGUCUGCGCAGACACGCAGUCGACGGAUUGGUUCAACUCGAUUUCGCGCACGCUCAAGUGGAACGAGCGUGAGCGCCAGAAGUCAUUCGUCGUCGUCGAGGAGGGCCCCGCGCGCAAGAAAGACAAGAAGCGCCGCCUCUCGGAGGCGUCGUCAGAGAACGGCCAGCCUGUCAACGGCGAUCACCCAGAAGGGGAGGUCGACGAGGCAGAGGACAACAAGGACGAGGAAGAUGAGGACGAAGACGAGGAGGAUGAAGACGAGGAAGACGAGAAGUUCGAUAUCGAUGACCUCUCGUCGACCGAGUCGUCCCCGCCCCAUGUCGUCACCAAGCUCGAGGAGAACCUCCUCCAGCCUGAGGAAGCGAAGAUCGGCAAGGAGAAGGUCGUCGAACAGGCCAACGGCGGCGACAGGGAGAAAGGCAACGUGCAGGCGCAGGCAGAGGACGUCGCACGCCUGCUCACCGCGCACAACCCCUUCCUCCAGAUUCCGCACACACGCUCUGGCGUACAGUCCGGGAUCGAGACUCCUGACCGCUUCACGGGCCCCCAUCCCCAUCCUCCACGCGUGUCACCCCGCCACGUACAGUUCGCGCAGUCGAAUGAGUCGUCGAGUGGCUCGCUUGCGUCACUCGACCCGCGCAAUGGUGCCGCAGCAGUGACACCGGCGCCGCCCUUCCGGCGCGAAUUGAGGGAAGAGGGCGGUCGGAGCCAGACGAGGCGGACCGGCACGUCGCGUAGUCGGACACCGAGGACACGGGAUCCUGAGCUCGAGGCGCAGAAGACCCCGCGAGGCCUUGACGAGGUAAGGAUGAGGAGGGCGAUGUCGCGCAGUCGGUCGAGGGACGCGCCGCGCGAGCCGCGGGAGGCGCAUGUCCGGAGAGCGUUUGCGGUGUGGGGCCAAGACGAGAGCGAUAGUGCCGCGAGCGACAGCGAUGCAUAGUACGUGGAGAGCGAAGUGUACGUUUUGACAGCUUGGGCGCACCGGUAGGUUCAUGGACUGGAAACUCACGACGUAGAUUGACACGAUUAUUAUCCCAUCACACAUUGGCUUAUACAUAUGCAACUAGAUCAGGAUGCUGGAAUGACGACGCGGUAGCUUUGCGUUGACAUGUACUUUACAAAAGGAAUGCUCGGUAACAUGAAGCUGAACAUCUUGGUGGUAUAUCGCGUAUCGCACUCAAUGUAGCUCACCAUGGCUGGCGGGUGGACGCGCGGACGGUUGCACGUUGGUCAGUAGCUUGGGCAGGUAGACAAGACGCAGCGCAUUCAUCCUUCAUUGAAACGGAU